AUGAAAUCAUCAUCAUCCAUCGAUCAGAAACUCAAAUCCACCGGUCAACGCAUCAGCGACCCCGGUUUCUGGGGCAUCCCUGGUGCGGAGAGGGGAGGAGAGCGCCAUGUCGGCGUCAUCACCGCAUCAUGGCCUUGCCACCGCAGUCAGGAAUCUAGCAGUGUUUCUAUCCACACCAAAACAUCCACCAUGGACACAGCCAAGCAGUACGCCCGAUCGGCUCAACAAAAAGCCCAGGAGAAGACCGGCAUGGACAUGGGUGCUUCCAACCCCCAUCAGCCCGACGUCAACAAGUUGAACCCCGAGGAGUACUUCGAAACCACUGUCGAUAAGGACGGCCACAUCGUCGAUGACCGAUAUGCGUUCACGGAUGGCGAGAACAUUGGCAAGGGCAGAAGGGAUGAGGCGGAUGCCUUCGAAGCGGCCACGAAAGAUUUUGAGUAA